AUGGAGCAAUGGUACCCUGUGGCUUGGGCGAAAGAUGUAAUAGACCUCAAACCGCUUUCUAUCACACUUUGGGACCGCCACUGCGUUCUCUUUCGAGAUCGUUCGACGGGUAUUUAUGUUGUUAUGGACGACAUAUGCCCCCAUCGUGCGGCUCCGUUAUCGGAAGGCCGUCUCUACGAGCGAGAAACGGAUGGUGAAAAGGAAACGGUUCUUGAGUGCGGAUAUCAUGGCUGGCGGUUUAACUGCGAUGGCAGAUGUGUAGAUAUUCCUGUGGUGCCGCUAGAAAAGCGAAUUCCGGCUGCUGCAGAUGUGGGAGUUGUUUACGCAACGCAUCUUUCAAUCAAUGGCUUGAUUUUUAUGUGGUUUGGAGACCGUUUAAAGGCAGACGAGAGCAAGAUUCCUCUGCCAAAAGAACUAGUGCAGGCGGAUGAAUCCGAGCGUCUCUUUUAUCGCGACAGCUUUCGCUAUUUUCCGAUUUCUUUUUCCACACUCCAUGAAAACGUGGCAGACCCCACUCAUGUGUCAUGGGCACAUCACGGCACAGGACGAGAUAAUCGUAAAACCGUAAAGCGCAGCGGUGGAGUAGACAUUGUCCAUGAAAACCUCACUGAAGGUUACGUACACGCGAGGAAGUAUAAUCAGGAUUCCAGCAAGGGCUGGAGCGAUAUAUUUUUUCAGACCCCAACGGCAGUGCAUUAUGCAAUUAAACUCGGUGACACAAAAUCAAAAAUCUUUCUGCUGAGUUGGACAGUGCCGAUCAGUUGGGACAAAUCGAAGGUGUUUACUCUUUUCUCGUAUUUGAAUCCGCCGAAAAUUGUCCGUCUAGUGAAGUGGUUCAGUCCAAGAUGGUACGAGCAUACAAUCACGAACCUCGUCUUGGAUGGUGAUCCGGGGAUGUUGCAGAAGCAAUAUGCCCAUCUUCAGGCCGUCGAGCGUGACGGAUAUGGCAGUGCAUGGAAGAAGGAAUAUACGCUUGCGUCGGGGAAAUGGGACACUUCGGUCAUGAAGGUCCGUCAGUUCUUUGACAUGCAUGGAUGGAGCAUGCCUUACGCGACGCCAAUUCCUUCGGAUGCUCGCAGCGAAAGAAUUUUGACAAGGGUUGUCAAUGACCGAUAUGAAAACCACACAAGAGAGUGUCAGGCCUGCACGGCUGCACUACACAAUUUUACUAGGGGACGGACUGCUGCUUUGGUAGGAGCAGGGGUUUCGGGUGCAGCCGCAUUGUUCUCAGGAAUUGUCUUCGCAGCUCUAAGCAUAGGGGGGGCUGCCUUUGCACCAUUACCACUGAGGCUGGCAGGAUUUGGAGGAACUGUGUUAUGCAUUCUUCUCCUCCGUCUAGCAAAGAUGCUACAUUACUUCAUGACGUUGAUGACCUAUACAGAUAUUGCAUAUGAUCUGAAUCAUGCCGACUGAGAGCGACGCAAGCUGUUGUAUCAUUGCCUUCUUGAUUCGCAAAACUUUGGCCAGCUUGGACAAGUUCGUCGAGAAAGUUAUUGUUGAAGACGCAGACAAGUUCCAGUGUAGAGCCUCGUUCUGUGGCAUUCGACUUUAUGUUUUGUAGGACUAGUGCAACAUGAAAGCUCUGUGCUGCGUGCUAUCAGAGCCAGUUUUAGAAUGCCCAAAGUGCUUGGGCAAUGCGGCAUUGCUAACUAAUAACCAGGAAGCGUUGUGUUUCGUUCAAUACCGAUUGUACUGGUACUGUUUCGCGCAUUACCUUCAUCUCGGCUCUUUCCAUGUCAUUCUCAGCAAGAUAUCCUCAGAGCUUGUGCAAGAGGAGGAUUGGGUUCAUCUACCUGUGCCUUUUCGUUUCGUAUAUUUCCGCUGUAUAGGUGACUAAGUUGGAAGAGCUCGGUCCCGUCGGCAUUGGGAGAAGACCGGCCAUUGUCAUAGGUUGUCAGUAGCACCCCAGUGAUUUUAUGAUCUACACGUUAAACCUAAACAACAUUACAUCA